GGAGCUGCCGGAUCAUAUCCUGGCCUACCCGGAAGGCUCGGAUGCCGAGCCUAUCCCCCUGGCUCGGGUGCUGAAAGGGGAAGCUUCCGUGCUGCUUCACUUUGGAGUGUCCCUUCCCUCAGACUCCUUGCUUCCAGCAUCUCAGCAGCAACAGCCAGCAGUACGGCAGCAGGAAUUUGAGCAGCAGCAACAGCCGCAACAGCCAGAGCAGCACACGAUGAUGUCUAUUGUUUCUCGGGCAGGGACAGGAUUAGGAGCAACAUCAGGACGAGCAGGACAAGCAGGGAGGGACGAUUUGACUGCACAUCCUGCUGUCGUUGCUUCUGCUUCUGCUCCUGCUGCUGUUACCAGCACAAAUAUCGCUGUUGGAGAUGCAGUGAUCGCCGGGGGUACAGGGGAGGACGGAAGGGGGGAGGAAGGCCAGAGGGAGGAUCUGAAGAAAAAGGAGGAGGAAGAGAGUGGGUUGUUUUGGACGUAUCUGGGGGAAGACAAGGCACCCAAGGGCCCUUUCUCCAUUGUGAUGCUGCGAUGGUGGCUGCAGUGCGGGCAUCUCACGCCCACCCUCAUGGGCUGUGAUGUUGAGAUGGUGGCUGCAGUGUGGGCAUCUCAUGCCCAGCCUCUUGUUGUGAGAUAUUCGCAACAUGCAUACUCCUCCCAUCCUCCCAUUGCUGAGGCGCCUCAAACGCAGCUCAUGCUUCCCACUCUCUCCCUCUUGCCUCCUACUUUCCCCCAUCUCCAUCCCCUCCCAUCAUCCCUCCCCGUGCCGUGUCCCCCUCCUCUUCCUCACUCUCCUCCUCCUCCUCUCCCUCACUCCCCUCCUCACCACCUUUACUCACCUCCUCCCAUCCUCCCGCACUCCCCUCCACCGCUCUCCUCCGCGUUGAAUCUUCUGCAGUCCUCUUCCCGAGGGUCUGAGUGGGGCAGGAGGGUUGCAGCUUUAGCAGAAGCUACCACUGCUAGGCUAGCUUUUUCUGAGGGUCGAAGGUACAAGAAGCGCGAGGAAGAGCAGGCACAAGAGAAAGAGCAGGAGAGAGGGCAAGAGGGUCAGCAUGAGCACUGGGAACAGCAGCAGCAGCAGCAUCUGGGAGGGGCUGAAGCUGAUUUUGAGGCGCCAGGGCCUCCUGGGUUUGAGACGUCUAGAGAUUUGGUGCCUCCGGGUUUUCAUCUGAGAAGAACAGACGGGGAAGGGCAGGAAAAGGCGGGAGGGGAGAGGAGGAUGGAGGGGCGAAUUAGCUCAGGGGAAAGAGAGGAGGGAGGGAGUGUGGCGGCGCCGACGGCAAGGGAUGUGACUUUUGAGAAUUCUCAAAAGUCACUCCAAUAUACGGCGCCGGCGGCAAGGGAUGUGGAGCAGGAAGUAGGAAAGUGUGUUUUGAGUCGACUCAAAACACACCUGGCGGCGCCGGCGGCAAGGGACGUGGAGAAGGAAGUAGGAAAGUGUGUUUUGAGUCGACUCAAAACACACCUGGCGGCGCCGGCGGCAAGGGACGUGGAGCAGGAAGUAGGAAAAGAGAUGGUGAAGGCACAAGAAAAGAGAAUAGAUGUGGAGUUAUGGAGGGUUCAGGAUAGCCUAGAGCAGAGAGACAGGAGGGAGGAGGAGAGGUACGGAGCAAUAAGGGGUGAAAAGGAGGUUGAAAGGAAUGGAGGGGAAAGCAGAGAUAGAGGGAAGCGAGAGAGUAGAGGAAAGGGGGAUGAAGAAGAAGAGGAGGAGCAGAAGCGAGAUAGGAGGGGUGUUAAGUAUGAUCGCUGUGAAUUUGGUGAGGCAAUUGGAGUGGCGACAGAAACAAGGGGUGUGUGUGAGGGGAUUGAGAGUGUUAGUGAGAGUGGUGGGAAAAUGGAUAGAUUCAAGGCAGGAGCAGGGGGGGUGAGUGUGCCUGCAGCAGGAGUGAUUGUAACGGGAGGAAUUCUGACGGGGUUGCAGCUGUUGAUGGGAGGUGGGAAGGCGGGAGGAGGGGGAAUGGUGGGUGGUGGGGCGAAGGAGGAAACAGUUGAAGCAGGAGGAGGAGGAAAAGGGGACGAACCUAAAGGGGAUGGAGGAAGAAAGGGGGUGGCAGGAGAAGGAGGAGGAGGAGAAGAAGAAGAAGCAGGAAGAAGAAAGGGAGGUGCGGAGGAGCAGAAGGGGAGUGUGGGGUGGGGGGCAGGGGAGGGGAGAGCUGACAGGAAUGGUGUUGGGAGUGUUGCUGGAGGUAGCGGUGAGAGUGAUGUUGAUGAUAAGGUUGAGGGAGGUAGAGUGAGAGAGAAGGGUGGAGUAGUUGAGAUGGUAGGAGCGUUAGUUGGGGAAAGAGAGAGGGGUAAAAGAGAGAAAGAUUUAGGUGGGGAAAGGGAGGAGGAUGCAGGUGAGAUGCUGCAGGAGGGAAAGGUGAAGGAGAGGUGGAUGAUAGGGAAAAGGGCGAAGGGGGCUGUUUCAGAGAGUUAUAGUGACCGUGAUGAUGAUGAUGGUGGGAGGAAGGAGAGAGGGGAAGGAGAAAGGGGAGAUGUGAAGGAAGGGGAGCAGCAGGAGAGAGAGGAGAGGGAGUGGGAGAAGGGGAGGGGAAGGAAGAGGGAAAGAGAGAAGGCAAGGGAGAGGGAAAGGGAGAGGGAGAGGGAGAGGGAGAAGGAAAGGGAGAGACAGGAGGGUGAGAGUGACAGUGGGUUGGAAGAUUUACCCCUUUCAAAGAGACUGGUGCAGGGAGCGGGGGUGAAAGGGAUUUCUGCUAUAGGGGGAGGAGUAGUGAAGGGGAAGAGAGGCGGCUUUGAGAUGGGAGGAGAAGUGGAAGGGCGAAAGGGACAUGGUGAGGAGAAAAGGGCGCAAAAGGCGGAGGAAAAAGAGGAGGAAAAGGAAGGGGGACAGGAUCCCUGCACUGCGAGCGACGACAUUGGUGGUGAUGACGCAGGGGUGACAUCGCCGGCAGCACUUAAAGCCUCCAGGGGCUCCAGCGCACGUGAGACAAACACGGGGCAGUCCCCUUCAAGACACAGCCUCUCUCCAAAACACGGCCCCUCCCUAAGACAUGACCUCUCCCCAACGUAUCACAAUAAGGUUGGGGAGUUGGCAAGUCGAGGCACAGAUGUGGACUUAACCGAAUCAAACCGGCAAGCCAGUAAUGAUGGGAACCAAAAGGGCUCCUCUCACGGUCGCAGAAAUGGGCAGAUUAUCACGGAUUUGCAUGGUGGCGUUGCUGUGAGGGAUAGGGAUGGGGGCAGCCGAGGAUUGACUGGGGAUGGGGGGAGGGAGGAUGGUAGUGGGGAUGGGUUGAGUGGGGAUGAAGAAAGGGAGGGUGACAGAGGUGCGGUUGGAAGAAGUGCAGGCGAAAAGGGUGUGGGUGAGAGGGGUGCAAGCGGGACGAGGAGUGCAGAUGGGAAUAGGAAAGCCGAGGGGAUGGCGGUUGAUACUCCCCCGCCCCUGUCAGCCCUCCAGACGUUGUUUAGUAGCAGCAGCAAACCGAGAGCAGCUUUUGAGACAUCUCAGAAGGUGGCGCCGCUAAGUAGCAGUGUUGGCAAACCAAGAGAAGCUUUUCAAACGUGUCAGAGUGUUGGCAAACCAAGAGACGCUAUUCAGACGUGUCAGAAGUUGGUGCUGGUAAGUGGCAGCAGUCGUGGUGGCGGGGUGGUGGUGCGGAGGAAAGGGGAGGAAGAAGAGGAGGAGGAGGGGGGGGACGGAGACGGAGAGGAGGAGGAAGAGGCGGAGGAAGAGGAAGAAGAGGAGGAUGAGGGAGAGGAAGAGGAAAGCGAGGAGGAGGAGGAAGAAGAGGAGGAGGAAGGGGAGGAGAGUGAAGAGGAGGAAGGGAGAGAAGGGGAAGAGGAGGAUGUGGAGAGGGAGGGCGGGAGGGGGAUGACAAGAUGGGUAUCAGAGGAGGAGGGUGGGGAGGAGUGGACGGAGGAGAGCGAAGGGCAGGAGAAGGAGGAGCUGCUACUGGGCCGAUUUAUGCUGAGGGCACUAAGCAGUGGCCAGUGGAAGGAGGUCUCGUUGUCUCUCAACCGCCCUCCUUCCGCUCACUCACAACAGCCCCCUCUCGCUCUAUCGCACCUCCCACAAGCACGCCCCCCUCUUCCUCUCCCUCCAUCGCACCUCCCACGUUCCACAUCCAUUCUCCGGCACUCCUCCCCCUCCUUCACCCCUUCGAUCCGCCUGGUCUCAUGGACGAACACAGCUCACCGCCUCUCUUUCCGCUCCGCGCUUCAAACCGAAGCUGCAGCUUUGGCAGCAGAAGGGCUGGAUUCCGAGCCUCGGCAUGAGGCUCGGUCGGAGAUUCGGCACGUGGCUCGGCAGUCUGUGCAGGCUCCGGCCCAGCUUCCCGAACCUAAGCUGCGUUGGGGGAGUCAGCAGGACGAACUGAAGCUGAGACAAGGGGAGAAAGAAUCCCAUGGUGUGAUGGAUCGUGCAAACGAAACGAAACGAGGCCAAGUGGCGCAAGGCGCAGCUCAGCUGGAUGGUGCUGCAGCUGAGCCUGAGCCUGAGGCGACUCAAAGGCCUUUGCGCCUGAAAGAACUUGCGUCUCAGAAGAAUUUCCUGAAGCGAGCUGUUGCAUCCGGCAAGAACGCAGCUAGGCAAAGCGUGGAUGUGGAUUCCAGUGAUGGGGCAAAGGGUGCUGCGGCUACUGUACCAUUGGGGUGGAGAGAAAGGGCAGGAGGGAGGGAGAAAGGGUCACGUGGUGUAGCUGGAGGGCCGGACGCUAAAGCGAGGAAGUUGGGAGGGUAUAAAGGCAGUUAUCUGGACUGGGGAGUGGGGUCAAGCGGAAGGGCCAGCGGAAGCAGGGAGAUGGGUGCUAAAAACACAAGUGAGAAUGUCGUGGCUAGGGGUGGUGGGGUGGUAGGGGUAAGUCAUGUUGGUGAGUGUGGGGCGAGAACGGCAGGGGCUGCUCUGGUGAAGGUGCAGGGUGAUGGGAAGAGCUUUGAGGCGCCUCGUGAGAGAACGGCAGGGGCUGCUCUGGUGAAGGUGCGGGGUGAUGGGAAGAGCGCUUUUAUGGCUGCUUUUGAGCAGCGGUUGCAGGCGGAGUUUACUGCGAUGCGAAGCGGUGGGGUAGGGUUGGGGAUGCAGGGGAAGGCGGGACAAGAGGCAGGUUACGGGCAGGAGAGAAUCAAGGCGGAGAUUUUCGGAGAGGAAGAGAGGGGUGUGAUUGUAGAGAGGGGCAAGGAGGAGGAGAGAGGCGAGCGGAAGGAGAAGUGGGGGCAACAGCCAACAGCACACACAGGAGAGCAUCAGUCAGGCGCUGUAGCACAGAGGAAGGACGAGUGGCGCGAGGAGUGGGUGAGGAGGAAGAUGAGAGAGACACAGAGGGAGGUGGAGAGGGAGAGGGAGCGAGAGAGGGAGAAGGAGAAGAGGAGAGCGAGGGAGAGGGGUGAGGAGAAGGGCAAGCACAGGAGGAAGGAGAAGAAGCGAAGCAAGAGUAGUAGGCGGUUUGCAGAAUGGUCAUCCGAUGAGUGGAUGGGAGCGGAGGAGAGCGAAGGAAGGGGAGAGGAAAGGGAACCUGGUGAAGGUGUGUCUGGUGCAAGGGAGGGCGAUUGGGAGGGUAAGAGAGAGGAGAGCGAGACACAGGAGAGGGAGCAGGGUGAGGGGAGUGAUAGUGAUUCAAGAGUAGAGAGUAGGGGCAGGAGGGGAAAAUGGAAGAGGAAGAAGAAGAAAAGAAGGACGGGUGAUGGAGAAGAGGCGGAUGGCAGUGGGAGCGAGGAAAGGGACAAGGUGAAGGGUGAUGCCAGCUGGCGUGUUCCCAUUGGCACAGAGCGGCAGCUUAUGCGAUACCUGCAGAAAACUUCAGCUGGUUCAAUACAUGGUUCAGCAGGUGCUGAUGCUUCUGCUUCUGCUGCUGUGUCCAGAAAGUCGAAGUCGUCUGAAUUGGUUCCGGUCCCACAUGCAGCUGCAGCGAGGAGAAAGAAAAAGUCUGCUGGUGUACAUUCAGGUGGAGCGAGGACAGAGAGGCAGCUUAUUCUGGCUACCAGGCAGGCGGAGGAGCAAUCGGGUGGGCUGCUGGGUCACGGGAGUGGGGAGGAGGAGGAUGAGGUGGAGAGGGAGGAGGAAGAGGCGGAGCAGGAGGAGGAAGAUUAUGCGAUGAGGGAUGAGGGUGAUGUGAAGAGAGAGGAAGGAGAUGGUUUUGAGAGGGAGCUGGAGGGGAGGGUUUCUGCGCUCAGUGAUGGUCAUGGGGAGGGUGCGGGGAUGCAUUGGGGAAUGGAGGACGAAGAGGAAGAGGAGGAGAGGAGGAAAAUGCGGAAGAAACAGAAGCUGGAUGAGGGGGGCUGGGAGGAGAGGCAGGAGAGGAAGGAGCGGAGGGAGCAGGAGAAGAGGGAGAAGAGGGAGAAGAGGGAGAAGAGGGAGAAGAGGGAGAAGAGGGAGAAGAAAGAGAAGGAGAAGAAGGAAAGGGAGAGGAAGCGGAGGGAGAGGUCGACAUGUGCGCGCGUGGAGUGGGGCGGAUGGGAGUGGAGAGAACAUGUGAAGCAAGCAGCGCAGAGAGAGGCACUAAAGCAGCGCGCCGAGGCGUACUAUAAAGGGGAUAGAGGCGAGGGCGCGGGAGAAUGGGACGCAGAGGGCACAGGGCCGGGCGCAGGGGCUUCCAUGCGCACUCCCCGCCUGCUCUCCCGGGCUAAUCUCUCCCAAGCCAACCUCCCGGGUUCCUCUUCCCGCCUCCCUCUGUUUGCCUCUGGUGGGAGUGGUGGAGUGGGGUUGCUAGGAGGAGGAGGAGCAGCAGCAGGGGAGGAAGCAUGGGAGGGGAUAGGCGCAGGCACUAGCAUGGGGAGUGGUUCUCUUACUCUGAUCGGCAGUGCCCGGAGCAGCAGGGCGCUGCUGAGGCAGCUAGCGGUGGGUUCAGAGGGGUUGGAAGGGGUGAGGUUCAAGCAGCUGAAGGGGAGGAAGAAGAACCUGAAGCUGGUGCGGAGUCGGAUACACGGAUGGGGGCUGCUGUCCCUGGAGCGGAUCGAAGCGGGGGACUUUAUCAUCGAGUAUACCGGCACCAUCGUCCGUCGAUCGGUGUCGGAGCUACGAGAGAGGAUGUAUGAGGCAGAUGGCAUUGGCAGCAGCUAUCUGUUUCGCGUGGAUGAGGACGUGGUGGUGGAUGCCACCCGCAGCGGUGGCCUUGCUAGAUUCAUCAACCACUCGUGUGAUCCCAACUGUUACACCAAGGUGAUAGUAGCGGACGGGCAGAAGCGCGUGAUGAUCUACUCCAAGAGAGCUGUUCUUACCAUGCAUUCCUCCUUACUAUGCCCCUCACGCCUUUCACCCUCCUUCGCCCCGCCUCCCUUUGCCCCCCCCGCGCAGCCCAACUGUUACACCAAGGUGAUAGUAGCGGACGGGCAGACGCAUGUGGUGAUCUACUCCAAGAGGGUGAUCCAACCCUCCGUACCAUGCCUCUCACCCUUUCAAUUUUCCUCGUCCCCCCUUUCACCCUUCCUCGUCCCCACUCCCUCUCUUCCCUCCACCCCUCCCUUCCAGCCCAACUGUUACACCAAGGUGAUAGUAGCGGACGGGCAGAAGCACGUGGUGAUCUACUCCAAGCGGGUGAUCCAAGCGGGGGAGGAGCUCAGCUACGACUACAAGUUCCCUAUUGAGGACGAUGCCAAGAUACCCUGCCUCUGCCUCUCCAGGAAGUGA